AUGGACAGAAUCAGUAAUUUGCCUAAUGAAUUGCUGGUGAAGAUAUUAUCAUUUGUUCCGACAAAAGUUGCUGUGUCCACUAGCGUUUUGUCAAAACGAUGGGAACGUCUCUGGAUGGGGGUGCCUAAGCUUGAUUGCGGUCAUAUAGAUGAGCCUGAGAUUCGCGAUUUUAUUUGCAAGAAUCUGCCAUUACGAGCGCCGUUCAUAGAAAUCUUGUGCCUCGAAAAUUUUCAGCCAUUUCAAUUUGAAGAUAUCAAACGUUGGGUUGAAAUUGCAGUUUCUCACUGCUUGCGUGAGCUAAGUAUUUAUUUUUGUAACUACGUUGUACCUGAACUCAUAUUGCCGAGAAGCUUGUACACAUGCAAAUCGCUUGUGAUCUUGAAAACUGAAGGCUCAGGGAUUCUUGUGGAUGUUCCUCCAACGGCUUGUCUCCCCUCCUUGAAAACUUUACAACUUGAAGAGGUGACGUACUCAAAUGAAGAUUCUCUUCGGCUUCUUCUAUCUCAUUGCCCUGUUCUUGAAGAUCUGUUGAUUAGACGUGAAGAUGAAGCAGAUAAGGCGGUGAUAGUUGUAAUUGUCCCAUCUUUGCUGCGUUUGACAUUGCGGAAUGAUUGUUGUUGUGGCCAUUAUCCAUCUGUAGAUGGGUAUAUAAUAGAUCUCAGUGUGAUGCAAAAUAUCGUUAAGCUUCUCGAGCAAUGCACUCAUGUCAAAAGACUUUCGUUACGUGAAUUAUGCAGCGGCGAAGAUGAGCAUAAGUAUCGCUCUGGUAUUGUCUUUAAUCGCCUUGAAUAUCUGAAGCUAUGUAUAUGUAAUGACAAUUGGUCAAAGUUACUUGUUUGGUUGCUUAGAAACUCUCCUAAACUGCGAGUUCUCAAUCUCUACGUCGAGAGUUAUCCACCUUAUGAGGAGUACGUACGUAUUCGCUGGAAGAAUAAACGGAGCUUUGUUCCUGAAUGUCUUAGGACGAGUCUUGAAACUUUGAAGUUUGUAGGCUACAUUGGAAGACCAGAAGAGAGAGAUUUCUUGAGUUUUAUCUUCAAACACGCUCGUUGCUUGAAGUCCAUAUCAAUCGGAGAUUAUGUUCGACGAUAG